UGAAUCUUUUGCUAUCGAUUCCCCUCCAUUCAUUAGAGGAAGCAAGAAUGACUCUGUGGCCAAAGUUGGUCUUCCUACUAGCAGGCCUUCAAGGUGUCCAGUCACAAGCCCAGUUGGUGGAGUCCGGAGGGGCUGUGAGAAGACCUGGGGAGUCCCUCCGUCUCUCCUGCCAAGCCUCUGGAUUCGCCUUCAGCAGCUCUUACAUGCACUGGGUGAGACAGGCUCCAGGGAAAGGACUGGAAUGGAUUUCACAGAUAUAUCCAAAUUCAGCUACCAUUCGCUACUCAGACAAAGUCAAGGGACGCUUCACCACCUCCAGGGACAAUGCCAGAAGCCAGCUGUAUUUGCAAAUGAACAAUUUGAAAGCUGAAGACACGGCUGUCUAUUACUGUGCUGGAGACACAGUGAGAGGAAGAGUCCAGUCUCAAGCCCAGUUGGUGGAGUCUGGAGGGGGUGUGAGAAGACCUGGGGAGUCCCUCCGUCUCUCCUGCCAAGCCUCUGGAUUCGCCUUCGGCGGCUAUUACAUGCACUGGGUGAGACAGGCUCCAGGGAAAGGACUGGAAUGGGUUGCAAGAAUAGGAACAUCCUCAUCUCCUAUUUCCUACUCGGAUAAAGUCAAAGGACGUUUUAUCAUCUCGAGGGAUGAUUCCCGCAGCCAGCUCUAUCUGCAAAUGAACAAUCUGAAAUCGGAGGACACGGCAGUUUAUUACUGUGCAAGAGACACAGUGAGAGGAAGUGAAUCUGACGGCAAACAAAAACCUUCUCAUCGGAGCAGCUGCAGAAAUUAA